UCAUCGAGAGUGGUGAAAUCGUCAAACUCGGCCGGGAGCUUCGAUCGGUCUGCCCCACACAACCCGCCCGAUGAGCCGGCCAAGUGCCAAGGUUUUUGGCGUCUGCCAGUGACCUGACCCACUCAAAACUUUCGGGACGGCGCUCAGCGAGCGCGAAACUGGAAAUUUUGGCCCGGACCGGCAGCUUUGCGACCCACGCAUCUUCCUGUGUGUGCACCAACACGGAAACGGCCAGACAAGAUGCUUCCCAGCAGGAACCUCUUCGUGUCAAGUCCCGCGCUAGGGAAGGGGCUUGUAAGAGCAGCAAUUCCAAGGACUUCAACCCGCCUCGUCUCGAGACAGUUCAGCACGGGACUGCGAAACAAUGGAGUGUCCCUGUAUGGAGCACCGACGGCCAGGAGGAUAGGCAGCCCGCUGGCUUAUACUCUGGCUUCACAACGACUGAUUUCCCCGCUCCGACAAUCCCGCAAUGCCUCGACUCAAUCCCCGAUCCCUCCGACCGCCGCAUCCGAUGUCUCGAAUCUCGCCGACGUUACGGGGACACCAGUGAGCCUGACUGGUAGCGACCUUCUCGAUAUCCCCGAGCAGAUCGGCUUUUUAAAGACACUGGGCCUCGAAUUCGGUUGGGGCCCGACUUCGCUGAUGCAAACGGUCUUGGAAUCCAUCUACGUGUACACUGGUCUCCCGUGGUGGGCAUCGAUUGCCAUGGUGGCUGUCGGCAUCAGAUUGAUUCUCCUCAAGCCCACCCUCGAUGCAUCCGAGAACUCAAUCAAGUAUCAAGAACUGCUGAAAGAUCCGCGGUACGCAUCCGCGAUGGAGGACAUGAAGAGCAUGAUGGUCACCGGCAACCACAUGGCUGGCGCCGAGGCGCGAGCCAAGGUCAGCUUCAUGAACAAGGCAGCGGGCUAUUCGCUUUGGAAGACUAUGGUCCCGAUGCUCCAGCUGCCCUUGGGCGUGGGCAUGUUCCGCCUGAUCAAGGCCAUGUCUGCACUUCCUGUGCCCUCAUUCGAGACCGGCGGGCUGCUUUGGUUUACCGACCUAACCAUGGCCGAUCCGCUCUUUAUUAUGCCCAUCAUCACGGGCCUCCUCGUGAUGGUGGGCAUGAGGAUACCUCUGCCCUACAUGGCUCCGCAGCAACGAAAUACGGUCAAGACAAUGGCCCUUGUUGUGAUGCCGAUUUCUACGGCAGUUGGCCUGUUCCUCCCGUCUGGUCUAACCUUAUACUUCCUGCUCUCAUCUAUGAUGCACACGCUGCAAACAUACUUGAUGCAUCAGCAUUGGUUCCGCCGGCUGGUUGGGUUGCCGCCACUCGUCGCUCCAGAGCAGGCGGGCGGGAUGGCCUGGCAGGCGCCGCGCGUCGUCGACAUGAGCGCCCCCAGGGUCACACCAAUUCGGCCCCGGGCCGCGCCCGCUUCCGAAAGCAUCUUUGGGAGUCUCCAGUCUUCCAUUGCGAGCGCCAAGGAGAAGCUGAACGAACGCUCGGAUAGAGACGCGGUGGAGCGUGCCCACAAGGCGGCUCGCCAGUACGAGGAGAAGCGGGCUCUUGAGGAGAAGGAGAAGACCAUCAUGCGCCUUCAAAACCGUGGGAAGCGGGGGCAGUACUGACGAAGGAUGAUCAGUAAUACUCUCCCAUCCUAUUUAAACAACACGGCAUUACGGGGACGGCAUCCAUAUCUGAGUCAGCAGCGGGAAGGCUGUCCCCAUCCAUCUGUACAUUAAGCCACACGACCCCCGCCCCCGCGUUACUCUCAGUCAACAUCUAGCAACGACUCAGCCUUCACCUGCAAGGCGCAGAUCGCUUGGAUGGUGAGAUGCGGUGGCUUUGUGAGGUAAUCCCAUCCCAUAACUGAUCGGGACUCGAAUGAGGGGGUUGCUGAGCACGCCAUGCCGCCUGACGAUCGCAACGCCCACGCCGCAACCCUUCUCCGCCAAGCCGUCUUUGUCUGACAGGAUCGGAUUGGACAGCCUCCAGAUGAGAUUGCUGACGACGGCAGCGGGUUUGGUUUAGCUAUAUAAUCUUCGCUGUGUAUUUGUCCUGUACUUUCUCUCAAACCAAGACUUCAUUCACUCCCA